AUGCGGCGUACCCUGCGUUUCCGCGCUCAAAAGCGUCAGCGCGGAGCACGCGCGGAGCAGGCGCAGGGGAACGGGCGCAGGUGGUCAGGCGCAGGGGAACGGGCGCAGGUGGUCAGGCAGGGGAACGGGCGCAGAUGUUCAGGCGCAGGGGAACGGGAGCAGAUGGUCAGGCGCAGGGGAACGGGCGCAGAUGGUCAGGCGCAGGGGAACGGGCGCAGAUGGUCAGGCGCAGGGGAAUGCACGCAGGGGAAUGCGCGCAGGGGAACAGGCUGUACAAAUUCGUUGAGAGGCACCCUUUCAAUUGCACUUCCGCUUUCCCCCCGCGCGCCUGUCCUCCAAACCAAACUGCGCCCUCCUCUCCCCCGCAAUCUCCCCCGUUCUCCCACGUGCCUUCCCCGGCCCCCCAAUCCCCCCACUCGUCCUUCACCCCCUUUCCGUGCAACGCCCUCCCUCCGCUCCCCCCGCCCUCCACUUCCGCCUCUCCCCUUUUUCCCCUUCCACCAGUCGUCCUUCGCGUCUCUAGACGCGGACUUCUUCUCCUCGCCCCCUCGGGACCUCGCUUCCCCCUCCCCCCUCCUUCCCCCUUCCUCCCUUCCCCCCUUUUCCCCCUUCACCCCUUUCCCUCUUCACCCCUUUCCCCCUUCACCCCUUUCCCCUUUUUCCCCCUUCCCCCAGUCGUCCCUCGCGUCUCUAGACGCGGACUUCUUCUCUUCGCUCCCUCGGGACCUCCGAGUGGAUCUCGAGGACGCAGUGUUCGAUCUCACCAACGGGAAUGUCUCUGCCGAGUGCGGGCCAGCAGUGUCAGCAGCCCUCUCCGCCCUCACAGCCGUCCUCACGGCCUCACAGGGCGCCCCUGCUGCUGCCGCUGCUGCUGUGGCUGGGCUCAAGGAUGCUGCUGCGAAGCUUCCCCCUGGAGGAAGAGAACGGGCGGUGCUUGGCAGGAGGCUGAGAGCAGCAGGCAGGAGGUUGACAGGCAUGGGGGCAUACGCACAGGGCAAGGCUGCUCAGCUCGGCAAGGCAAUGGCGGCAGCAGGGGAGGCGGUAGCAGCGGGGUGCAAUGAUGACAGCGCUUCCAAAUUCGACGCUGUUAGAACCUUCAAGCUCGGUCCUCUCACAGUGGAUAUCACGCCCUCCAAGGCACUCACAGGCGCGGCCGUUGCUGCAGCCUUUGCAGCGGUGAGCUGGCAGCUGGUGUCAGGGCUACAGGCAGUGGACGAGAGCUCUCUAGCGUAUGCCAACGACAAGGCUCUCACACUCGCACUCGUGAGUGAACUGAGAAUGAUUCUCGUAGCCCCUUGUUGGAAGGCGAAGGUGCUUUGCUCAGUGACUGGUGGUGAGCUGGCAGGUGGUGGCAGGGCAGCAGGCAGUGGGCGAGAGCUCUCUGGCCUCGGUCGCACUUCCCUUCACCUGCCUCCCUCACUCGUGUCACGGCCCUUCACCUGCCUCCCUCACUCGUGUCGCGGCCCUUCACCUGCCUCCCUCACUCGUGUCGCGGCCCUUCACCUGCCUCCCUCACUCGUGUCGCGGCCCUUCACCUGCCUCCCUCACUCGUGUCGCAGCCCUUCACCUGCCUUCCUCACUCGUGUCGCGGCCCUUCACCUGCCUCCCUCACUCGUGUCGCGGCCCUUCACCUGCCUCCCUCACUCGUGUCGCGGCCCUUCACCUGCCUCCCUCACUCGUGUCGCGGCCCUUCACUUGCCUCCCUCACUCGUGUCGCGGCCCUUCACCUGCCUCCCUCACUCGUGUCGCGGCCUUUCACCUGCCUCCCUCACUCGUGUCGCGGCCCUUCACCUGCCUCCCUCACUCGUGUCGCGGCCCUUCACCUGCCUCCCUCACUUGUGUCGCGGCCCUUCACCUGCCUCCCUCACUCGUGUCGCGGCCCUUCACCUGCCUCCCUCACUCGUGUCGCGGCCCUUCACCUGCCUCCCUCACUCGUGUCGGGGCCCUUCACCUGCCUCCCUCACUCGUGUCGCGGCCCUUCACCUGCCUCCCUCACUCGUGUCGCGGCCCUUCACCUGCUCCCCAAUUCCUUCCCAAAUUCCCUUUUUUCCACCCCGCUCCUUGCCCCACCAGUCACUGCAUGGUGCCCUCCUCGUCCUGCGCUAUGGCUCAUGCCUGCUCUCUGCCAUUGCUGCUGCCGGCCUGCUUGCACUCCCCAGGGGGCUCAUGCCUCCUUUCACUUUUCAACCGUCUCAGAUGCUGUCUCAUUCUCCCCCCUCUCCGCUCCUUGCCCCACCAGUCACUGCAUGGUGCCCUCCUCGUCCUGGGCUAUGGCGCAUGCCUCCCCUCUACCCUCAACACUCCCUGCUGUCUGCAACCCUAAACCCUCCCUCGGAAUCUUAUGCUCUCUCCUCCCCCCUUCCCUCCUUUCCUCAUUGCCCCACCAGUCACUGCGUGGUGCCCUCCUUGUCCUGCGCUAUGGCUCAUCAUGCCUCUUCUCUGCCUUCAAUGCUCCCCCUCAUAAAGUUAUGCUAUCUCCUUACCCCCACCCUUCCCUCAUCCCCUCGUUUCCCCACCAGUCCCUGCGGGGAGCCCUCCUCGCCAUGGGCUAAGGCUCAUGCCUGCUCUCUGCCUUUAGCACUCUCCCUCCCCCUCUCCCCCUCUUCCCUCCCCUCGUUUCUCCACCAGUCCCUGCGAGGGGCCCUCCUUGCCAUGGGCUAUGGCUCAUGCCUGCUCUCUGCCUUUGCUGCUGCCGGCCUGCUUGCACUCGCGAGGGAUCUCAGCUCGCAGGAAGGAGGGGAAGGCAAGUGA